AUGAAUCAAAAAGAUUCUAAAUUGUAGGAAAAUAUUAACGAUGACAGUUAAAAAAACUUAGAAACACCUCUGCUUACUAAUUAGCAAGAACCCCUAUCUACUUAUUCAUUAUACUCCAAUGAAAAUAAUCAUCCCAUUUUAAAAAACUUUAGAAGUAACACUAUAGGUACAAGCCUAAUGAAUGACCGUCGUGGAUACUCUAAAAUUGUUGAGAACUCCAUUAUAAUGUCUAAUGAAGACAGUAAAUACAAUACAAUAAUAAAACGAACUGAAACUUGUGAAGAACCUAUAGAUAUAUUUCUCACAUGUACCUAUGAAGAUGGCGAACCUACUAAAAGAGAUGCUUUAACAGUCUAUAAUUCCGAUAUUUUAUCAAAACCAAAUUAUCAUAAAAACGAGAAUGGUGAAUAAAUACUAUCAUAUUAACCUUUUGAUGAAAAAAUGGAUAUAAUUUUUGUUUUUUUUAAUAAAAUAAAAAAAUAAUAAAAAAGUGAUAAAGUAUUAUAAAAAUUAAAUGAAAAUCAUGGAAUGGCCUAUUACUAUUCAAAAAAUAAUGGAAUAGUUGAAUUAAAUGAAUGUAAAGAGAAAUAAAAUAUUAAAAACAACAAAAUAUAAAUGAUAAUUUGUGUCACAAUGUACGCAGAAAAACGUAAUUUUCUAGAAAAUACACUAAUUCAUAUCUAAAACAAUCUCGAGGAGUUCAAAAAGCAUGGAGUUUCAAAUUAAUAAAUAGUCGUGGUAGUUCUUUAAGAUGGAAUAAUGAAAAUGAAACAAGAAACAGUUGAUUUCUAUAGUUAAAUAGAUGAUGGAUUAUAGAGAGAGUAAUAUCUUCAAAAUAGAAUUAAUUUAAUUAAAGAUUAGAUAAAAUAAAAAACAGCUGCGUAAUUAUCUUUAAAUAAUGGACUUCCGAAUACUAUACCGACAAGAAUAGCUUUAUUAUAUCAAAAUUAAAUACAAUAUUAAUCUUAUUAGUAAAAUGAAGAAAAUUAAUUUAAUGAAAAUUCGUCUCAUUUAAAUGUAUUUACACUUUUCAAACAUUUGAACGCUAAAAAAUUAUCAUCACAUAUGUGGUUUUUUGAAGGCUUUUGUAGAUAAUUUAAACCGAAAUAUUGUGCACUAGUAGAUGUUGGAACAUUACCUGCUAAAGAUGGUCUUGUUAAGUUUUAUAUGGCUAUGGAAGGAAAUAAAAAUAUUGGUGGUGUUUGCGGUUUUUUAGGUUUAGAAGAGCCUCAUAAAGUGAAUAAUAAAGAUUAAACUUUAAGAGAAAAUGAAGCAAAUAGAAAGAAAAUUGAAAAGACUUAAAAUUUGAUAAACAAAGAAAAAUAACUUAAAUAAAUAUAGUUCGAAUAAUAACAAAAUGAAAAUAAUUAAAAAGACUAAUUUUUAUACUAAAAAUAUUUAUAAAAAAAACGAAAAUCAAAUACUAGAAAUGUACUUUUAUUAUAAUUUUUUUUUUUUCUUCCAAUAAUGUUGAUAAUUUAUAUAACUAAAUUCAUUUCAUUUCUAUUAUUUAAAUUUUUAAAUUUAUUAUGGUAUAUUAUAUAAAAUAUAUUUCUUGGCUACAUGAAAUUUGCCAAUCUAAAAAAAGCCUAACUUUAUGAAUAUACUACUGCACAUAUGAUAGAUAAAAACUUUGAAUCUCUACUUGGAUUUCUACACGUAUUACCUGGUGCAUGGUCUGGAUAUAGAACAUAAAGAAAAUUUAUUAUAAAAAAAUAUUUAAAAUAACUAUUAAAUCCGACAAAAAUGGAAGGUACAUAUAGUGAAGCUAAUAUGUUUUUAGCAGAAGAUAGAGUUUUAUGUUUAGGUAUAUAUUGCUAACCUAGUGCGUCUUAUAAGUAAAUACAAAGACUAUAUAAUAUAUAAAUACAUAAAUAAAGAUUAAAAUAUAUACCAGACGCAGUAGCGAAAACUGAUCCAGUGGACAAAUUUGAAGAAUUUGUUAAUUAAAGAAGAAGAUGGAUAAAUAGCAGUUGGUUUGCUUUAAAUUAUGUAUUAAAAAAAUACUACUAUAAUUGUUAAGAAAGUAAUCAUUCGGAAUUCGAAAAAAGCGUUAGUUUACCUUUUAAUAUGCUUUUUGCGAAAAUAGGUAAGUUUAAUACUUAUUUUAUACCUGCUUUUUAUCUUUUUGUGGCUAUUUCAAGUAGUUAUUAAUUUAUAACUCCUUAAUUUACAUAAGGGUAUAUAUUUAUACCAAAAGAUUAGAGUAAAUAAUCAUUAUAUAAAUGUACAGAUUAGUAUGAUGAAUUUGAAGUUAUAAGAAGAACAUGCUUAAAAGAUAUGAAAAAUAAUUGUUAUAUGGCUUGUUCAGUUACGAAUGCUGCUAAUUUUUUUUUUCUUGCACUUAAUUUUAUACCAGCUAUUUUUAUUGUGUGUAUUAUUAUUACUAUUUUCGCUAGUCUUACCUUUAAAAUUAAAGAUUCAUCUGUUUCUGAUAAUGAUUAAUAGAAAAUAUCUAAUUUAGAAGAUAAAUUUUUGAAUGAUUAAAUUGAAUUAUAAACUUUUAUUUAAUAAAGAAAUGAAAUUCUUUAAAACUAUUAAUUAUAAGAAUAUACGAAUAAUAUAUUUAAAACAUUAUCCGCAAUUAUAUCUUUUAUAGUUAAAAAAAAAAAAAAAAAUAUAUAAUAAAACUUUAAAAUAGAGUUUAUUAGUAUAUGCUAUAGUAAUAAUGUCAGUAAUAUUUAAUAUAUUCAACACUAGCUGGGGAAUUGAAAAAGGCUUUAAAAAAUUACCUUAAGGACUUUUAAGAUUUGUCUAAGUAAUGGUUUUAAUUAAUUUCGGAACCUUUUUUUAGUACUUAUUUUCCAUUUAUUCUAACCUCGUUUAAUUUUUGAUAUUCUAGUAUCUUUUAUAAGCUAUAAUUUAUAUCAGCCUAUAUAUAAUCAUAUAUUAUUAAUUUUUGCUUUUUGUAAUAUUGACGAUG